GUGGAGUUCGACUGUAUCAACCCCAAAAAACAGAAGAAGAAGAAAAACUACAAGAACUCAGGAGUUAUUAUUGUCAAGUCCUGUAAGAUUGCACACGACUACACGUUUCUGGAUUACAUCCUGGGAGGCUGCCAGCUCAUGUUUACGGUCGGUAUCGACUUCACGGCGUCUAACGGGAACCCUCGAGAGCCGUCCUCCCUCCACUACAUCAACCCUCUGGGCAGCAACGAGUACCUGUCGGCCAUCUUGGCUGUGGGUCAGAUCAUACAGGACUACGACACUGACAAAAUGUUUCCUGCUCUCGGAUUCGGAGCUCAACUCCCACCAGACUGGAAGGUGUGGAGGGCAUCGCCCAGGCGUACUCCGCCUGCCUGCCUCACAUCCGCUUCUACGGACCGACAAACUUUGCUCCCAUCAUCAACCACGUCGCUCGCUUCGCCGCCCAGGCCCUGCAGCAGGAGAAGGCAGCGGCGCCGAAGGAGACCCUUGCCAAGUCGGUUCUGGCUGAGCUGCCCCAGCAGGUCACUCAGUACUUCAAACAGAGGAAUCUACCGCCCAGCAACUCGGCGCCGGAGUGAGCCGCUCCCAUCACCCAGAACCCACCGGCUGUACAUUCGCUUGCCUAAACCCCCGAGAUCUUUUAGCCAAUGGCAGCGGGAGAAAAGUCAAAUGUGAGUGUUCUGAUUGGCUGACGCUGUAUUUACAUCUGAUUGGUCAGAAACGAUGCGAUGACGCUGCUUCAGGGGGUCGUUGUGUUUUUGUUUGUUUAUUUAUUUAGUGUGUUGCUGUGCCACGUGAUCGGAUCUCUCUGGUGUAAAGUGUUUAUUUAUUUAUUUUUUACUUGAACCGUAUCAGUGGUUGAAUUUUCUCCAGUUUUUGUACGAAGCUUUCUGGCUGUGAGGCGAACAGAGUCUGCAGCAGCUCGUCAGGCUCAUCAACAGGAAGUCAAAAUCAUCGUAUUUCUCAUGGACUGAGUUGAUCCUGCAUGUUGUCAGUAUUUACUCUGUUUACAGAUGCUGAUCAUCUCAGACGCAUGUUUUUUUAAUUUAUUUAUUUUGUAAAAAAAAAAAAAAACAAACAAACCUGGAUGUAAAUAAUGAGACCCUCCAAAAUAAAAGCUUAGGAAGAGAUGAAGUUUGAGUGGAGGUGCAGAAGUUUCAGAUUGCUGAAUGUAAAUUUCAUCAUGCUGUUUCUGUUCGUUUCAUGUUGUGUUCAUGCAGUGCUGGGUUGUGUGAAUAAACUACAGUGUGUGACGCUAA